AUCCUUAAUAUGGCUCCGUAGCUGAGUUUUCUCUCUCUCUCUGAAAUUAACUCAGAAAAACAUACGGUGGUUGUGUGUAUGGCGGAGACAGGCGGAGGAGGGGCAGCCAUUAAUGGACACCAUGGGCAAACACUUGAUAUUAAAGAUGAAACCUUUUCUUCACAUCAUCAAACCUCCAUUUUCACUCUUCCUUUUCUCCAAAAGUUGAUAGCGGAGGUUCUGGGAACAUACUUCAUGGUAUUUGCAGGUUGUGGCGUGGUGGUUGUGGAUGUCGAGAAGGACAACAUGAUUGGUCAGACUGGAAUAUCCAUCGUAUGGGGGUUGGUAGUGAUGGUGAUGAUUUAUUCUGUCGGCCACAUCUCCGGUGCCCAUUUCAACCCUGCCGUCACCAUUGCUUUUGCUUCUUGCAAAAGAUUCCCAUUAAAAAACGUACCUGCAUACGUAUGUGCUCAAAUCAUGGGAUCGACCCUAGCAAGCGUAUCCCUACGAUUAAUAUUCAACUGGAAACACAAUAAUUUAGGAGCGACGGUUCCCUCUGGAUCCGACGUCCAAUCUUUGGUGUUGGAAUUCAUCAUAACAUUCUAUCUCAUGUUCGUUAUCGCUGGCGUUGCAACUGAUAACCGAGCUAUAGGUGAACUAGCAGGACUUGCUAUUGGAUCAACCAUUCUACUUAACGCCAUUUUUGCCGGGCCAAUAUCAGGGGCUUCAAUGAACCCGGCUAGGACCCUAGGCCCGGCUGUUGUGUCGAGCCAAUACAAAGGCUUAUGGGUUUACAUAUUGGGACCAGUUGCGGGAGCUGUAGCUGGGGCAUGGGCGUACAACAUCAUAAGGUUCACUACUAAGCCGUUACAUGAGAUCGUCAAGGGUGCAUCUUUCCUUCAACGUACCAACCCCAUGUGAUUUUUGUAUUCGUAGAUUAUUCAUGUAUGAUUGUACUUUCUUUUAAACGUCUUGAUUUACUGUAGUUCAAUACCGUUUAACUUAUUCAUUAAGCAGGGGUAGGUGAAGAAGUAGACAUGGAGUUUUACAUCAUCUCAUCCCGUUUUAUAAGGAGAAA